GCCACGUGUUUCACAAAGUAUCAUAUUAUAUCAUCUUAUCAAAAAAUUAACAAUUCAAAAGCCAUCAUUACCUCGUGUCAAACACGCCUGGAGGGGAGAGGUUAGAUUCUCCUAAAAAUUACAGCGUUAAAUAAUGUGCGUUUAGUCGCACAGAAAUCACUCUCUACACAAGAAAUCUAUUGAAACUCGAAAAAACUCCCAAAAAUAAAAUGGAAUCAUUAAAAAUUAGGGAAGGAAUGUUAUUAGGAAUGGGUAACCCCUUACUAGAUAUAUCAGCGAUCGUCGAAGAAGAUUUUUUAAAAAAAUACGAAAUGAAACCAAACGAUGCAAUUUUAGCUUCUGAAUUACACAAAAAUUUAUACUCGGAAUUAGUAAACUCGUAUAACGCCGAUUUUAUCGCGGGGGGAUCGGUGCAAAACGCGUUAAGAGUGUGCCAAUGGAUAUUAGAUAAGCCAAAUGUAACCACGUUUUUUGGUUGCGUAGGAAAUGAUAAUUAUUCGAAAAUAUUGGAAAAUAAAGCGCGUUCGAAUGGAGUUAACGUGCAAUACCAAUACACCGAAAAAGAACCCACAGGGACUUGUGCCGUACUUUUAACCGGACAAAAUAGAUCGUUAUGUGCCAAUUUAGCAGCUGCGAAUUGUUUCACUUUAGAUCAUAUCCGUAAACCAGAAAAUAAAGAGUUUAUUGAGAAAGCUAGUUAUUAUUAUGUUUCGGGUUUUUUCUUAACAGUUAGCCCGGAAUCGAUAAUAGAAGUUGCUCAAUACGCUCAUUCCCAAAAUAGACCAUUCCUUAUGAAUCUCUCUGCUCCAUUUAUUUCCCAAUUUUUUAAAGAACCUCUUAUGAAAACGAUGCCUUAUGUUGACAUCCUUUUUGGAAAUGAAACGGAAGCAGCAACUUUUGCAACAGAACAAUCUUUUGGUACACAAAAUUUGAAAGAAAUUGCUUUAAAAAUUUGUCAACUUCCAAAACAAAAUGAGAACCGACCGAGAGUUUGUAUAAUAACCACGGGGGAUCAACCGGUUCUUUUGGCGAAAAAUGGAAAGGUGAUUGAAUUCCCCGCGAUUGAUUUAGAAAAAUCGAAAAUUGUUGAUACAAACGGUGCGGGGGAUGCGUUUGUAGGCGGGUUUUUGGCUCAAUAUAUCCUAGAACAACCGUUAGAUGUUUGUAUUAAAUGCGGAAUUUGGACGGCGACGGAAAUUAUUCAAAGAUCCGGAUGUACUUACGAAGGUAAAGCGGGAUUUAAACCCUAAAGUAUAAAUUAUUUUAUGUUUUAACGCAAUUUACUUAAUUUUUUUAUUAAUAUUUUUUUUUUGUGAAU